AUGGUUUCUGGAGCAUUGCGCCGGGCUGUAGCCCCUCGACUGAACACCUUUCCCGAGGCGCAUUCAUACGGAGCAGCCAUAACAGCGCGCAAAUUUCUUUCGAACUCAUCUGCGAAGCCGAACAGUAUCGUUAAGCCUGCUAGCCUUCUUCAUACUGCAUCGGAGCACCGCCUUGGCUCUGCGACGCGCGCCUUGUUCGACGCCACCUUCUCCGCGCAACCUUCGCUUCUGCGCCGCCUUGCGGAGCGUCAAGCUGCCUUUUCUUAUAAGACGUCUGCAAUUCAAAUCAGGCGAUCCUUCUCGACAAGUUCGAGUCUACAAGAGCAACGACAGAAACAAACACCGAAGACAGAAGAGACAUCGCAGCCUUUACAGAAGAACGACCCCAUUGAAGACGAAGCCGAUUUUGAGUUCAAAAAGAGCGAUCGCGCUGCUCAAGCUGCGCAAGUAAACCUCGCUGCAAAGCUUUCUAAAGAUAGCAAACAACCUGGAAAGGCAGGACUGAGAGAGAUAUGGCGACUGAUCAAGGUUGCUCGUCCUGAGCUCCGCUGGCUCGGCAUUGCAUUCAUAUUCUUGGUGAUUUCGUCAAGUGUGACCAUGUCCAUUCCGUUUUCAGUUGGCAGGAUCCUGGACCUUGCGACAAAGGGAGAAGCUGAUGACAUUCGACUUUUUGGACUCACGUUGAACCAGUUCUUCAUAGGGUUAGCUGGCAUUCUUACACUCGGCGCCAUGGCCAACUUUGGCCGAGUUAUACUGCUUCGCAUUGUUGGCGAGAGAGUGGUUGCGAGACUUCGAUCGCAGCUCUACCGCCGCACAUACGUGCAAGACGCGGAAUUUUUCGAUGCAAACCGAGUUGGUGACUUGAUCUCACGACUCAGCUCCGACACUGUCAUUGUCGGCAAGUCAGUCACACAAAACCUCAGUGACGGUCUGAGGGCCUUAUUCAGCGGUGGUGCUGGAUUUGCCAUCAUGAUCUGGACAAGUCCCAAGCUUACCGGUCUUUUGCUCUUGAUGUUCCCUCCGAUUGCGAUUGGUGCAUUCUUUUAUGGUCGAGCGAUUCGGAACAUUAGUCGAUCUAUUCAGAAGAACCUGGGUACACUGACCAAGAUUGCGGAAGAACGAUUGGGAAACAUCAAGACCAGCCAAGCUUUCGUCGGAGAAGUUCAGGAAGUUGGCCGCUACAAUAGACAAAUUCGACGGAUUUUUGCUCUGGGCAAAAAGGAGUCACUUGUUGCGGCCACGUUCUUUGCUUCUACAGGCUGGGCUGGCAACAUGACUAUUCUAGCAAUGCUUGCUGUUGGUGGAAGCUUUGUUCGCAGCGGGGCCAUGUCGCUCGGAGAUCUCACAUCAUUCAUGAUGUACACGGCGUUUGCAGGAUCAAGCUUAUUUGGCUUGUCCGGCUUUUACUCUGAGCUGAUGAAAGGUGUAGGCGCAGCGAGCCGCUUAUUCGAACUCCAAGAUCGUCGCCCUGGAAUUCACCAAACUGUCGGGACACCUGUAAAGUCUGCGCAAGGCCCCAUCAGAUUUAAUAAUGUCACUUUCGCCUACCCGACGCGGCCUGCGGUCAAGAUCUUCAAUGGUCUUGACUUUGAGAUUCCCUCCGGAAGCAAUGUAUGCGUCGUUGGCCCCUCUGGUGGUGGCAAGUCCACGGUUGCGUCUCUACUAUUGCGGUUCUAUAACCUUACAGAAGGAAGUAUCACCAUCAAUGGGGUCGAUAUCUCGGGAAUGAACGUGAAGUCUCUGAGGCGUCGCAUCGGUAUGGUAUCUCAGGAGCCAGUUCUCUUUUCCGGAACGAUUGCCGAGAAUAUUGCUUACGGCAAACCGCAUGCAACUCGAGCAGAAAUCAUUGCCGUGGCAAGACGCGCCAACUGCAAUUUUAUCGGCGAUCUCCCUGAUGGACUGGAGACCCAGGUAGGCGCAAGAGGAUCGCAGCUCUCUGGUGGUCAGAAGCAGCGCAUCGCCAUUGCCAGAGCUCUUCUUAAGGAUCCUGAUAUUUUGAUACUCGACGAAGCUACCUCGGCCUUGGAUGCCGAAUCCGAAACACUUGUCAACGAAGCUCUUGCUGGCUUGCUUCGUGGACACAACACUACCAUCUCCAUUGCUCAUCGUCUGUCGACUAUCAAGCGCUCUGACCAGAUUAUUGUCCUCAAUACCGAGGGCAAAGUAGCAGAAAUCGGCAGCUACACACAGCUCGCUGCCAACAAGGACAGUGCUUUCAGCAAGCUGAUGGAGUGGCAGAUGAGCGGUGGUGAGAUUACAGAGAAGCGCCCGUCCGCGGGGGCAGCACACAUCACCGAGGCGGAAUAUAUGGAGCAGGAGAGGCAAAAGGACGAAGAAGAGCUCAUUGAAGGGGAGCAGGGCGAAGAGAAGGAAUCAGAAAGUGAAGUUGCUGAGCAGAAGCAAAGAUGA